UGGGCAUCAUUAAAAGAUCUUUUGUUCAAUUAACAACAAGUGUGAAGUGUGCUGCUGCGCUAGCUGAAAAGGAUACAACACAUCUUUUUGGAUUACCAACAAACCAAUCAAUUAUUUUCUCCAUUCAAAAUGAAAAACUUUGCACUUUGCCUGAUCGCCACCGCGCUGCUCUGCCUGGCCGAAGCUGCGCCCAAACCACAAGGCGGAGAACCCAUUGCCAUCAUCAGCCAAGAAUCGAACAUCGAACCGGAUGGUGCCUACAAUUAUGCCUACGAGACAGCUAACGGCAUCAAGGCGGAGGAAACUGGUACCGUGAAGAAGGCUUCGUCACCUGACGCCACCGAUGUGAUCAUUGUCAAGGGUUCCGUGUCGUACACUUCACCCGAGGGAGAGGUGAUCACUCUCAACUAUGCUGCCGAUGAUGAGAACGGCUUCCAGCCACAGGGCGCCCAUCUGCCCACUCCUCCUCCAAUCCCACCAGCGAUCCAGAAGGCUCUCGACUAUCUCCUCAGCCAGCCACCAGCAUCGCGUCGUCGUUAAGUUGCCGUAGAUGCCGAUCAUCAUGUCGAUUAAUGCCGGGUGUUAAGAGAAAGAGAAUGAAAUGAUAUUGAAUGUGACCAUGCAACCGAUUCUGAUAAACCAUACUCAAUGAAGCAAAUUUGCUGCUUACCCAAGACAAUCAACGAAGCCUUUAGGCGACCCAAUACCAACAACAUCGAGCAGCUGACUGAAGAACACAAAUUGCACACACACAAAGAUACACACAGACACACAGAGAGAUACGCACACAGACGCAGACGAACAGACAUCUCGAUCUGAAAUAUUUCCGUUUCUCAAACUCAAACUUAAACUUAAACUCAAAUCUUCACUUCUCUUUAUUGUUCUCCUAUAUCCUUUUGACUAAUUUUCCGAUUUUAUUCCUAAACUGUGCUUAAGAUCUUUUAGUCGCCGGAACUUUGCCAUUUUCGGACUCAUGUGAUAUCAUCGAUUUGUUAAUGAAAUCAAGAAGAAAAUGUAAAAAAAAAAUAA